AUGUAUAUUGCUGGAUGUUUAAUUGGGCAAACUAUCAGCGAUGACCCAGUGCAAUAUAAAUACGAUCAGACUGUCUUAAAGGCGCGUAAACCCGACCACCCGAUACACCCCCUACUACUGAGCCGUUCAUCAGCCCGUGCUAUGACAGGUGAACCAAUUAGCGACCCGGAGCUAUUUGCCCUAUUUGAAGCAGCUAGAUGGGCGCCAUCGGCGUUUAACAUACAACCCUGGCGUUUUGUGUACGCCAAACGGGACACACCCCGGUUCGCACAACUAUUCAACGCCCUUCAGGCGGCAAACCAGGUGUGGGUGAAAAACGCGUCGGCCCUCGUAGUACAGUUGUCGGCUAAAUACGAGUCUUACCAUGGUAACAUCUCUGCUGUGGAAUACAAUUAUUUCGACGCAGCUAGCGCGUUUUUGUCGAUGGAGUUGGAGGCCAGCGCCCGGGGCUUAGUGGCCCACCCGAUGGCACUGUUUGAUUACGACCAGGUGUUCAAAGUGUUGGGCGCCAGCAAAACGGCCUAUAAUAUGGAGAUUAUGAUUGCGGUGGGCAAGAGGUUCCCCGAUGAUGGUCACCGGCCCGCCGAGAUUAUUACCACCAGGGUUCCGAUUACAAAUUUGCAUUCGCUGUUUGAAAUACUAGUAUUAUGCCUAAGCGUUUUAGUUGGUUUGGUUAUUGGUUCGCCUUUGGUCAAAAUUGAGGAUGAUCAUUACGACCCAUAUCCAAUGAAGUUUAACCAAAUCUAUCAACGAAAAUUUGAGGACGAGAUCCACCCCUUACUGUCCAGCCGUACCUCACAAAAGGAGAUGACCGGUGCGGCCAUACCUGACAACGACAUACACAAAAUCUUCGAAGCGGCCCGUUGGGCACCCUCCUCCCAGAACAUCCAACCAUGGCGAUUUGUGUACGCCAAACACGGCACACCCCGGUUCGCCGAACUACUGGCCACUCUAGUGCCCAGCAAUCAGGUGUGGGCCAAAAACGCGUCGGUCAUAGUCUAUGUGUUUGGUGCCAAUUGGGAAACAUACAAGGGCAAAGUGCUCCCGGUCACUAUGAACCAGUUUGACUCCGGCAGCGCCUUUAUGUCCCUAUCGCUGGAGGCCAAUGGCAGGGGCUAUGUCUCGCACGCUAUCGGCGGUGUCGACUACGAGGCCGCCUAUAAGGCGCUCGGAGUGACCAAAUCUUCGCAUACCGUUCACGUGGCCGUGGCGUUGGGCGUACCGCCGGUCACCCGAGCGGCUCCGGAGGUUAUCUCUACUCGUAAUCCCAGCAAACAGUUUGUGUUUGAAGACAAGUUUGUCAACACUGACCCCGAUGCGCCCCCCACAGCCUAGAUUAAUGUUGAAUGUGUCAUGGCCAUUUUUUAUAUG